GAGGCUAUAGUAUUUAUUCAAACUUUGCUGAUGGCGGCUUUAGACAGAAAACAGCGGUCUAAUUCCCAGUUGGAUAACCUUAUGGAGAUCAAAGAACUUGGGCCUUUGCUUUGUAUACGCAGUAGCAAAGUGGAGAUGGAUUCUUUAGAUUUUCUUACGCUGAUGGACUUACCAGAGGACUCUCAGUAUUUCCACUCUGAUAACUACAGAACCAGCAUGCUUGUAACAGUUCUGGAAACCCUGCAAGGAUUUGUAAAUGUUUAUAAGGAACUUAUUUCUUUUCCUGAGAUUUUCAUGCUAAUUUCAAAAUUAUUAUGCAAAAUGGCUGGAGAAAAUCAUAUUCCAGAUGCAUUAAGGGAGAAGAUCAAGGAUGUUUCCCAAUUAAUUGAUACGAAGGCUCAGGAACAUCACAUGCUGCGUCAACCACUGAAAAUGCGGAAGAAAAAACCUGUGCCCAUCAGGAUGCUUAAUCCGAAAUUUGAGGAAAACUUUGUCAAGGGUAGAGAUUAUGAUCCAGAUCGUGAGCGUGCUUAAAUGAAAAAGUUGAAGAAACGUCUGAAACAGGAAGCUAAAGGUGCUGCACGUGAACUGGUAAAGGAUAAUAGGUUCUUGGCCGAGGCGAAGGAAAGAGAAAAGGCCCUACUAGCCGCAGAAAAGGCUGAGAAACAUGGGAAAAAUCUUGCUUUUCUUCAAGAACAAGAGCAUGCAUUUAAAUCAGGACAAUUGGGAAAGGGCCGGAAGAGAAGAAGAUGAAAUUAGCUUUUGGUUGUCACUUGGAAGAUCUUAUUCUCAAAUGCUUCCUGGUUUUUGGGCAAGGAAGAUGCAGAAUAUUGGAAGUACAGAGGGAUUGAACGAACUAUUGCGUGCUCUGAGUGCUGGAUUCAUGUGGUUACUAUAUGUGCCUUCUCUCUUUCCCUCCAACUGUGAUGCCACUGAAAUUAGUUGCUGUAUUGGUCAUAUCAUAGGCUCGAGCUGUGAAGUGGAAGAGAACUCAAUUUUUGUUUUUAUGUCUUAUAGCUGAAGAUCAGUUUUGUCCAACUCCAUAGGCGAAUGUAAUGUUGAGUUGUAAGAAGGGAUAACUAUGUUCCUCGGACUGA